GCUUGUUGUGUUUGGGGGCUGUGCUUUGAGCCUUCUCCGAACUUGCAACAUCAACAGCAAGCGGCCGCGUCGUCGAAGCAGUGUCGGCGGCAAUCGUAGCAACAGCAGACACAGUCGGGCACUACUGGCGGUCGCACCAGCUCGGGUGCGAUACUCCCACGUCCACGUAUAACCCUGACUCACGCUCUCCGGUGCCAAAUUUCGUGACAUGAUAUCUGCAUGCGGUCGGUUGUUCACACAACGUCUGUGAUGCGGUGAAUUCAAAGGAAGCUCACGCUCGACGCAGGCUCUCUCAAAGGUCCGUUCGUGAAGCUCGUUGGGGUGUGGAGGAGGAGAGCGAAAACAUUAACUUAUCGCGGCAAGCUGUCGAUUGAACUUUCUCAGGCUCCAGAGACCGCCCUCUGCAAUCAUGUCGCAUUGGAAAUCUCAGCUUGACAACUACCAUGGCUCGGUCAUGUUACAACCCGUCGCUCAAAUGGUCGGUGUGCAAGUGGACAAGCUCAACUUUCUCUUGGCCGGAUUCUCAUCUAUAGGACUCGGCUAUCUUUACAGUAAAGCAUUGCCUGUAGGUGUUGCAUCAGUGGCCACUAGGAAGGCCAGCCUCAUUGUACUUGGUCUGUCGAUCCUUUAUUUCUGCUACGGGCGAGACGUUCUACACGUGAUCGCCGAAGCCAUUCUCGGCUAUGUCCUCAUGAGAACCAUUCCGAUAUCGAAGCUACCCCAAUUCACCUUGAUGGCUGCCUUGGGUUAUCAGUCGAUCUGCCACGUAAUUCGUCAGUACAUUGAUCCCGACGGAUACACGAUCGACAUUACCGGCGCGAUCAUGAUGCUCACGCAGCGCUUGAGCACGCUCGCGUUCAGCCUCCGAGACGGGGCGCAGCCCGAGGGCACAACGGAGGAGCAGAAAAGAGACGCCGUCAAGGAGCAGCCCGAUGCGCUCUCUUACUUCGCCUACAUGUUCGAUUUCCACGAAAUACUCGCCGGACCCCUAAUCUCGUACAACGAGUUCCUGCGGAUCGCCGAAGGCAGGAACCUCCGAGCCGACAAACCACCCCCCUCACCCCACCGAGAAGUUCUCAGAAAGGUUUUAUACGUUGUAAUCAACGCAAUGCUCAUUUUAUUCGCGGUGCCAAAAUUGACCGAGACAGAACUCCUAUCCGAGUGGUACGGUGCGCUGCCUCUCCUCAAGAAGGUAUUCUACCUCACGCUGUUCAGCUUUCUAAGCCGUGCUCAGUAUUACCUCGUUUGGAAAAUGUCGGAAGCGGUUUGCAACUCAUCCGGUUACGGAUACUAUGUGACACCUGAAGGAGAGGAAAAAUGGGACGGCGCGGACAACAUCCGCAUCUUCAAGCUCGAGACCGCACCAAGUCUCAAAGUGGUCCUCGACAAUUGGAACGUGUCCACACAGCGAUGGCUCAAGCACGUUUGCUACGAUCGGAAGGUAGAAUCGAAAACUGUGAUGACGUUUUUCAUAUCAGCUGUCUGGCACGGCUUCUAUCCGGGUUAUUUCUUGGCGUUCAUGACGUGCUCCCUCUUUGUAACGGCGUCGCGAAAAAUGCGUCGUUGUAUACGACCGCGGGUGGUCAAGGGUCCUGGGAGUCAGUUCCUUUAUGAUGUGGUGACGUUCGUGUUCUCGUCGGCGUUUCUGGCGUAUACGACGAUGCCCUUCGUAUUGCUUCAAUUCGGCAAGGCGGUGCACGUGUGGCGCGAGGUGUACUUCUUCGGGCACGUGUUGGCCUUGUUAGCGUUCGCCGUCCCCUAUGUACUGCCGCCAGUCAGACAAACGACUACGGACUCAAAAUCAACGAACGGGAAAUCGCACUGAUAUGUGGUCAGAUUGACUAUGCAGAAACCUCGCGAAAUAUGUUCAAUUUCGAUACUAUACAAUUGUACAGUUUGUUACAGCAUAGUGCUCGCUUAAUAUUUAUUCAUUAAGGGAGGAUCCCGUAGUGGAUCUGUUGCUAGAUGACAGCGGAAGCGAUGCUUGAUAAUGCGAUCCGAGAGCAGAAAAGAACACCGAUAAUAAAAAGGCACUCAGUCAGAGAA